UACCCCAACUGGCCGACAGCGUACAACUCGACUCGCGUUACGACUUGAUUUUGGUGUAUCUGUCUUUGCAAAAAUCUGUCAUCAGCCUCAUAUACGUUUGGAAUUUAUUUUCGAAAAUAUGGAGCAGUCAAACUACCAUGGCCGCGGUCUGGUACAGCAGCUGCAGAACAUGACUUUCCAACAGAACCAGAAUCAGGUGCACCAGAUGCAGCGGCCGCCGCAGCAGCAUUCGCCGCAGCUGCCACAUGAGCAGCAUCCACAGCAGCAGCAGCAACCACUACCGGCGCAGCCAGCACUGACUGGCUUUGCUCCCCGGCGUCAGUAUUAUACUCCGGGUGGCUCGGCUGCAGCCAUGGCAGCUGGGGGCUUGACCAAUGGCAACGUCGACGGGACCUCCACCAGAACACAACGUCCGAGCAAAGUCAAGAAGGAGAAGCCGCAACAGCCACAGCAGCAGUUGAGCGAAGUAGAUGCGGCAUCGUCGACCGACGGGGCAAUCGCCUUUGUCAGCGAAACCGAUGCCAAUGGGCUGGCCAUGAAGACGCCCGUUAGCAUACUCCAAGAGAUCCUCAGUCGCCGGGGCAUCACACCCGGCUACGAGCUGGUCCAAAUCGAGGGGGCCAUCCACGAGCCAACGUUUCGCUUUCGCGUCUCUUUCAAGGACAAGGACACACCCUUCACGGCCAUGGGGGCUGGACGCUCGAAAAAGGAGGCCAAGCAUGCCGCGGCUCGUGCUCUGAUUGACAAACUGAUGUGCGCCCAGCUGCCGAAGGCUGCUAGCAGUGCCACUGCCACAUCUGCGGCUGACCCCACGGCGGCUGGGAGUGGUGGGGAUUGCAAUGCAGCAGUUGGCGACGCUGGCGACAAUAUUGUGGGCAAUCCCAUUGGCUUGCUGCAGGAGUUGUGUAUGCAGCGCCGAUGGCCGCCGCCAACGUAUGCGACUGAAACCGAAAUGGGACUGCCCCAUGAGAGGCUCUUUACCAUAGCGUGUACCAUACUGCAGCACCGUGAGAUUGGCAAAGGGAAGAGCAAGAAGAUCGCCAAGCGUUCGGCCGCCGACAAAAUGUGGAGUCGUCUACAGGACACGCCCAUCGAUGCAGCAAAGGUUGCAGACGUCUGCAACGAGUUGGAGGGCGAUUCCCGCAUUAAUGAUAAUUAUUAUGGUGAUUUGAAAGAUAUCACUGUGCCGACGCUGACCACGCAGCACAGUAACAAAGUGUCACAGUUCCACAAGACCCUGAAAAAUGCGACGGGCAAAAAACUGCUUAAACUACAGAAGACUUGUCUGAAGAACACCACGGUCGACCAUCUCAAGCUUCUGACCGACAUUGCAGCCGAGAACCAGUUCGAGGUCACCUACGUGGACAUCGAGGAAAAGACCUUCACCGGCCAAUUUCAGUGCUUGGUGCAGCUGUCCACGCUGCCGGUUGGCGUCUGCCAUGGCACUGGGCCCACGGCUAGGGAGGCACAACGGCAUGCCGCCCAAAAUGCGCUCGAGUAUCUGAAGAUAAUGACCAAAAAGUAAACACCAGACGCACGGCACGUUUAAUCCCAGUAAACAGACGUUGUUAUGCGUUGUUUCUUUUUUUUUUUUAUUUCUUCGGCAGUUAAAUUACUUGCAUAUGCUGAACAGUGUUGUCUCUAAGUUUUAACCAUUGAAGCGUUUUGAAGAUCUCGAAAAUUAAAAAUAAACAAAAA